AACCUCUUCAUCCUGCCCGAUCACUCGACAACAACAUCGCUCCGAAGAGCGGUUCAAGCUAGCAAUAUGACUCUCCUCCACCUGCUAUCCUACGUCGGUAGCGUGGUCGCUUUCCUGUUCGUCACGCUAUCACUAGCGAGCGGUCUGUUAUGGCUGGCCGAGCUGAUAGAAGAACACUCGAAGACGGCGAAAGCGAUUGGGAUGCGGACGGUCUACGGCAUCAUGGCAGUCCAUGUCCUCCUAUUCAUCUUCGACCACCUCCCCUUCACCCUCAUCGCCUUCUCCCUCGCCGCCCACGCCGUCUACCUAACAAACUUCACCCCCCAAUGGCCCUUCAUCUCCCUAACCUCCCCGCGGUUCCUCUUGUCCUGCGUGAUGGUCGUCGCAGACCACUUCCUCUGGUUCUUCCAUUUCGCGGAAAAAGCACAAGAGGCGAAAGCCAAGAGACAGCCUAGGUAUAGGUACGGAGCCAAGGCUACAACGACGAAAGGGUCGGAGGAUGCGCCUAGUUUUAUGGACGUGGCGGCCUUUUUCGCGAUCUGUGUUUGGUUGGUGCCGUUGUUCUUGUUCUUGAGCUUGAGCGCGAAUGAUAAUGUCUUGCCCUCGCAAGAUACGAUCCCCGGCACGCCCUCCUCCAUACCUGGCCAACUCGACCUCGGAACCCCCAAAGAAUUCCCCCAUCCCACCUCCAAAUCGUUCACAUACACCGUCCCCCGAACAUCCCUAGUCAAGUCCAUCCUGGCCCCCUUACUCUCCCUCUUACCCAGGAUCGGGACCAGGACCAAACGUAACGACGAGGGUAUCAUCGCUCCUCGAACACCUAUCCGGGGCUCUCCAAUGCCUUCCCCGAUCAUCCAACCUCAAGGGUAUUCACCCUGGGGCGCUGUACCGGACUCUCUCGGCCUAGGAGGAUCAUCGAACACAUCGACAUUAACCCCCGGAGGAGGAGGUAUGAACGCGCCUCCUCCUCGACGGACGGCUAGCGAGGUGAACGUGAGCGGGUCUACGGGGAGCAGCGUGAUGCCUCGACGGAGCGUCAGUCCAGGAGGGGUUUCGAUGUCGCUCAGUCCGGAUCAUUCGGCUUCUUUGGCAUCACAUUCAUCACAUUACGGGAACUCGAAUGUGAACGCCAAUGGGAUUGGGAACUCGAAUGGGAAUGGGAUGACGACGACGUAUAUGAGCGAAGAGCCCGGAUCGAUGUCCACAGGUCGGUCCGUGUCACCCGGUCCUGUUAUGAUGAUGGCGGGUAGUAAUCCUAGUGGGGCGGGGUUGACGGCGAGAAGAGCUGGGAGGAAGGACGAUUGA